AUGACACCAGUCAUGGUCGGAAAAUCUCAAACAGUCACAGAUGAAACACUGAAAAGUGUUGUUGAAUCUUGUGAAAACAAAAGAAUUACAGAAGAAAAUAUACUUUUAAAAAAGGAAACUGAGAAUUUGUCGUGGCGUUUAAAUAAAAUUGAACAAAAAACAUUAGAGUGUCAGAUAGAAAUUGUAGGCGUACCUGAGUCUAAAAAUGAAAUUUGUACCAACACUACUCAAACUAUUUUAAACAAACUGGGCACUGAUGUUACGGCACAAAAAGUUUUUCGACUUCAAUCAAAAUUUCUGAAUAAACCCAGAAUUUUAUCUGUGUGUUUCAACACGGUGAAUGAUAAAUCUAAAGUUAUGGAACUAGCGAAAAAACAUAAACUAGUUGCAAAGGACCUGGACCCAACUUGGAACGAAUCUGCUGUAUAUUUCAACGAAAAAAUGACCUAUACAUACAGAAAUCUAUUUUUCAAAGCGAGAACUUCAGCUAAGCAGGUCGGUUACAAAUACAUUUGGUUCAAAAACAACAUAAUUUUCGCUAAAAAAAAUGACACUUCAAAGCCAAUAAUUAUUGAUGAUGAAUUAUCUAUAUCUAGAAUGGUAUAA